GUCGAGCCUCGCGUCAACGCCCUCAGUAUUGUCAACUACAAGCUCCUCCACCACACUGCCCGAUGGUUGACCACACCCGCCAAGGAUCCAGCAUCUGCCCUGGCUCAACUACAGGCUCCGUGUCCAGAACAGCGGUGCUCAGCACGCUCACUCAUUGAUAGCCUCGAGCAAACAAAACCAGAGCUGCACGCAGCCCUCCUCUCUCACGAUCACAAUGCUUCGGCUGAGGAGCUGACCAAUGAACUACGCGAGCAUGCCAUGACUGCUGGUGCCUCCCAGGCGGGCCCAGACUCGUUUCCGCGCGAGGCACUGCUCAAGGACGUGCGUCUCUUUGGUCGAUUUACGUCAUGCUCCGCCUUGAUUGUCAACGUUUUGCUCCCACACUUGACCGAGGACGAGGUGGACGGCCACCGCUUGACCAGCGAGCUGCAGCAACACCUUUGUACCCUCGAGCCGACCUCUUGCAACAUUAGUCGGCCGCUUGUUGGUCCAUCGCGCCUCAGCCACCUCUACGAGCAUGAUCACGCUGAACGAGAUUCGGAGCGAUGGAUCCUGGCAUUUGCUUAUGCUCUUAUGUUCCUAUAUAUUGGCUUUGUCGUUUCUCGCUUUCACGCCGUCAAGUCCAAGGUUGGCCUGGGCAUUGCUGUUGUUAGCAUUGUUGGCUCAUCGACCCUGACGGCGGUCGGCGUAUGCCAAUCUUUGGGCUUGGUGCCCUCCUUUCGCGCGGUCGAGCUGCUCCCCUUCUUGGUCAUGACUAUUGGCCUCGACAAUAUUAUCACCAUCACAGAGUGCGUCGAGGCCACGGCCUCUUCUGUGGCGGUUCGCUUUCGUAUUGCCGAGGUGAUUCUAUACGUGUGUGUCCUCUCAUUGGACACGCGUCGUUUGGAGCUUUCCGACUAUCUCGUUCAGCCACAGUUGGAGGCUCCUGCUUCCAACUCGCGAGAUGUGUGCCCCCCGUUAACGCUGAAUCGCUACUUGAGCAACCUUUUGGCUCAAUCCCCAAGCUCGCCGAUGCGAACCGAUGAGAAAGUGAUGUCCCCCUCUUCGAGCAACCGCCACGAAGAUGAUGACGAAGACGAUGGAUUGGCAGCCUCCUCCUCAUCUCGCGCCCUCGAGGCGGUCUUGCGAGAUGGUACCGAGCGCGUCAUAGUCGUCAACAACUUGCUCGUGCUCAUUGGCAUGCUUGGCGCGCUCAUCGUUGCUGUUCUUCAUGGAGCCUCGCCACUGGGCGGCGUGCCGGAAUGCCGCGCUACACUGCGCGCAGACUGGACGCGCGUGUUGCAUGGCAUGGGUGGCCGUCAUAACGUGCUCCUGUUUCCCACCCCUCUGGGUGUUCUCAUGGAACGCACCGAGCUAGUGGAUCUCUUGCAGUUCUUGACGGACUGGGAGGUCGAUCUCAACCGCAUGCGUGCUUACCUAGAAUUGGAAUGCCUCGCGUUGUGCGAAGCCAGUAACCACAUUGCCUCGGCUUCUUUGGAUGGCCAUGUGCGGCUCUGGGAUUUGGAUACGAAUCGGUUGUUGGCCGCAUUGAAACUGCGCAGUGCUCGAGAUGACCCAUCAGGCUCUUUUGGUACCCUGCGCGCCAGCGGAGGUGCCUCGGCUAGGCCAAGCAUUGAUCCUGCAAGCGUGGCUCGGGCCAUGUCGGGGGGAGGUUUGGCCGCUGCGUUGCCCACCGGCCGUGGGGCAGCGCCAAGCUCUUCUGAGGGUAACACUGACGAGAGCAGCCUAGUCCCGUGGUGUAUUGACAUUGCCGAAGAUAUUGUGGCCAUUGGGUGCAGCGAUGGCAGUGUGAUGGUGUGGGAGACGGAGAGUGGGGCUUUGCAGUGCCUAACGCAGGAUGAGGGCACGACACACGAUGUUGUAGCGUCGAUUUCCUGCAUCAAGCUGUGCUCCAAUCUCUUGCUGGUAGCUUCCAACUCUGGUGUCUUGGAGCUGUGGCGCAAGGGGCCACGCCAAUCCACGCACAUGACACAGUUGGCCACCUCAUCGCCAACACAGAGUGAUGGGGACCUUCGUGCUACAGCCACCACCGCAUCCAGCGCCGGUCCAACACCUACGGUCCACCGCUCGCGGCAUGUGCGCUCGCGCUCCUGGGAUCUGCGCUCCAUGAGCGGCGUGCACAACUUGGGGCCUGUCACUACAUCGACUGGGUUUGGUAUCGCAAAUGGAGACGAUUCGGGGGAUUCCACUCUGCUAUCAGAGGGACUGGAGGGGGCCCCGCCAGCGUUUGGCCAUGAGGCUGACGCCCGGGGCUCACCUCUGCUGGGAAGUUCGCCGUCGCGUGAGGUCACCGAGUUGACACACGGUUCAGGCUUGUCCGGCAAAGGCAACUUACGGGCGUUUUUGGAUGAGGCUGCCGCCUCACGAGGAUCAUGUGGCGUCAUCUUUCGCUCCUAUCGCGACUCUUCUUCAAGUUUGAGCGGGGACCGGCCGAUCUACUCUGGGGACGGCAGUCCAUCGUACAACUUUGUUCGCGUUUUCAGCGCCAAUGCGCAUCAGGCCGCGAUUGUGUCCGUGACGACGCUGGGUGAUUACAUCAUCACAGCGUCGGCGGAUGGCACUUGCAAAGUCUGGCGCAUGCUGGACUUUGGUCUGCACGGCAGUCUGUUAGGUCAUGAGGCGGCAAUUACGUGCAUGACCACGUUUACGGGCACAACGGUGCAUUCGACCCAUCACAACAACCAUGCUUUGGCGGCAAACACCAUUGUGACGGGGUCGCGUGAUCGCACCGUUCGCGUCUGGGACAUGGAUCGCAUGGAAUGUGUCAGCAAGCUCGAGGGGCACGGCGCGACCAUAUUGGCCGUUGCUUGUAGCGCUAAGCACGUGGUGAGCACGGCGAGUGAUUCAACCCUGCGGAUGUGGCUCCGAAAAUCGGGUCGCUGCAUGCGUACUGUCCAAACGGCUGCGCCCCUGGUGGCUUUGCAUCUACACCCGAGUGGUGUACUGCUCACGGCCGUGGAGGGGCGCUUGACGGCUUGGGAUGUAUUGGCUGGCGGUGAACGGUUGCGGACGAUUGAGCUUGAAACAGACGGGACGGAGCAAGGCUCACGUUUAACCCUCGGGGGCAAGGAGAGUUCUCGUGUGAUUAUGCUUGAGGACAAGGUCAUUGUGGACCUUGAUCGCAAUCUCAAGACUUGCUGUGUGGCCUUUGGCUCUGCAAACUUCGUGCAACAUCAACACCAGUCAAAGCCAAAAUCUCUGUCUGUCUCUCUCUGUCUCCUGUCUGUCUCUCUCUGUCUCUCUCUCUGUCUCUCUCUGUCUCUGUCUCUCUCUCGCUCCCUCUCGCUCUCUCUCUCUCUCUCUCUCUCUGUCUCUGUCUCUGUCUCUCUCUCGCUCCCUCUCUCUCUCUCUCUCUCUCUCUCUCUCUCUCUCUCUCUCUCUCUCUCUCUCUCUCGCUCUCUCGCGCUCUCUCUCUUUUAG